CACCGGCGGGUUUUCUAUUGACUUCGUUUCUGCUGCGUGGUGGACGUGUACACGCGGGUCAUGACCGAAUUCAAAAUUUAUCACUUGGCUUCUCAGCUUAUUUCUAGUCUCGGUACUGGUGAAACUGCAGGACCAGAGAUGUAUGUUGAUCUCUUGACAAGAAAUAUGACACGAUAUGUCACAACACAAGUGUCAACACACAAUGCUAAGAGGAAAAUAGCAGAGUUCACAACCAAACAUAAAGAGUUUUUGGUCAAAUAUGAUGAACUCAAGUCAAAACAGAUUCGUGAGCUGGAUGCUCUGGUCUACCUGAUGUCUCGUAUCAUUGACCAACCUUCUGUCCUCUCCAUGUUACAGUCAGUAUGUCCUAGUAGUGUUCCUCAAUCCAACACAGAAACAACAUCACUUGGAGAGUUGCCACAGUCAGUGGCCGGGAUGGUGUCAUCUGGUGCUGUGAUGAGUCAGAAGGAACUCGAUGAGUUACGGGAACAACUAGCAACUCUCACCAGCAGUGUUGAGGAAGUUGAAAGCAAAAGGGGAGGUGACAGACAAAGAAGAAAGACUGAAAUUGUUGGGAAUGUGCCAGACGAUCCUGACUGGAAAACAAGAGUGAUGUUGUCGUCUGAUUUUGUGGUGAAAAGUGAGGCUUCUUGCCCUGCAAGUGUGGGCAUUGGAUCUCUUCCUCUCGAAUUGCAAGAGACUGCUAUAGUGGAGGAUAUGCUGUUUUUGCUAAUGGGAGUGGAAGGGAAGUAUAUAGUAGCGCGUCCACUCAAGCACAAAUUUAGUCGAAGACACUUUGUAGUUGACUCAUCUCUUGACGUUUCUCUUCAUGGUGUUGUUCAUCAACUUCUUCCUGUUUGCUCUUAUUACUCAUUGGUGGCUCGUUUCAAUGAUGCUAUGAGUGGUUAUCAUAACGGGAUAGUAUGUCAUGCUUUGACUGCUGCCAUGAGGACGUUGAUGAAGGAAGAACUGGUGCUAGUCGCUCAACUGGAGAAGGUCCACAGACUUGGAGAGUUGAGUCUACAACGGCUGUGGUCACAUUUGCAGCCUGUCAUUAGGACAAUGGACGUUCUUGCCACGAUUAUUGAUAGUAUUGUGAAGAGUGACUGUAAAGGUGGACAACUGCUGUCUCUUCUCCAUCACACGACAACAGGAUUUGCAGGUGAUGUGAAAACACAAGAACUCUGUCUCUACCUUACUCAACAGGCUUGUGUGCCUUAUUUCGAUAUUCUGGAGCAAUGGAUUUACAAGGGCAUUAUUAGAGAUGCAUACAAUGAGUUCUUUGUUGAAGAGCAAAAACAGCUGGGUGAUCAAGGAACUGGAGAGCAGUAUCAUAAUAUAUAUUGGGAAGAAAGAUACAAUGUAUGCAGAGAUAGAAUACCUGUUUUUCUAGAGAAGGUUGCAGACAAAAUAUUACGAACUGGCAAGUAUCUCAAUGUCAUUAGAGAGUGUGGAAGAGAUGUCCGAUGUCCACAUGCCAAAGAGAUUGUUUACACUUUACAUGAAAGAGAAUAUGUUGAUCAGAUAGAGGAAGCCUAUAGCUUUGCCAGCAACCAGCUUCUUGAUUUGCUGAUGAAAGAGAAUGAUUUACUUGGACGACUGCGUUCUAUGAAGCAUUACUUUCUGUUGGAUCAAGGAGAUUUCUUUGUCCAUUUUUUGGACCUUGCAGACGAUGAGUUGAUGAAGAACAUUUAUGAUGUUAGUGAACAUCGUGUUGAAGCUUUAUUGGAACUUGCUCUUCGAGCGCGACUUGCCAACUUUGACCCAUACAUCGAUGAUGUGAGACUGGAGUUGGUGCCAUCUGAUUUUAUGACUCAACUCACACGCAUACUGACUGUGCUUGAAGGAGCUGACAGUACAAAAGGAAGCUUUCCUCUUCUUGAUAAACCCAAUGCAGUCAUAUCUGGCAUUGAAGCACUCUCUCUCAACUAUGUAGUCACAUGGCCAGUAUCACUGAUAAUCAACAGAAAGGUUUUGAUUAAAUAUCAACUUCUCUUUCGAUUCUUGUUUUACACAAAACACAUUGAAAGACAGUUGAACAGCUUGUGGUUAAGUGACAAACCAACAAUGAGAAGAAAUGCUACACAAAGAUCAUGGAAACCUCAGGCUCUUGCAGUAAGACAGAGAAUGUUGAACUUUGUGCAAAACUUCCAGUAUUACACAAUGUUUGAGGUUGUCGAGCCUAACUGGCAAAUUAUGGAGGGAACUUUGAGAAAGGUGUCUACUGUAGAUGACGUUCUUGAUAUUCACACUGACUUUUUGGACCGUUGUCUAAAAGAUACAAUGUUGACCAACACAGAGUUACUACGAAUGAUUCACCAGCUGCUGACAAUGUGUAUAAUAUUCAGCAACAGACUCAAGAGAGAAGAUGCUAACAGAGGAAUGGAUGAAGGAGCAUCCAAGGACAUUGAGCAGAUUCUGUCCAAGUUGGAUCAUGAAUUUACACAACGAGUAUCACACUUACUCAAAAGGUUGCAGCUGCUUUCAGCGCAAAGCAACGAACACCAGAUGGCCACUAUGGCAGCUCGACUUGACUACAACAGCUUCUACAAUGCCAAAGUUGAGUUGCAGCCACUGGUAACUGUUAUUCAGCAGUCGUUUGGUCCCGUGACUGGCACAAGUCCUCUCACUCAUACUCUCCAGACUCCAACUGUCUAUACAUCCUAUCGCAAUCCACAAUCAAAGGAACAGGAAGAAGCAGCGAAGCAAACAGGGAGUGGAGUGUCAGCAUUCGAGGCUGUCCAACCAUUAAAUCGAACAGCAGUUACACAAGCAUCCCAAUUAGAAGAUAAACAAACUGACAUGCAAAGAAGUAAGAAAACUGUGACAUCUCAGUCAGAACGAUCAGUUCAACGAAAGUUACCCACUCAACCACGAGACAGAACACAACGCAUUCAACCAAAGUAACUGCAACUUGGUUGUAGAGUACAUUAUUAUGUGAUUAGCAUUUGUAACACAAGCUGUAUGUGUACUACUAGUAGUAUUAGAAUAUUUGAGAUAGUGGGAAUGUGACGAUGUUUUAGCAUGAUUUUCACCCAAAAUAUAACAGGAUUGAGUUGUCUUUAUCAAUUAUCAAUAA